GAGAGCAAAAGUCACGCAAGCGCAGUGGUGCGAUACGUGUUGUGCUAGCAGGACAGAAUGAGUGGUGUAGCUCGGAUGCUACAAACGCUAUAAAUAUAUAUUUUUUUAUUUAAUUUUUUUCAAAUUCAGAUACGGAUUUUUUAUCUGAAUGUACUGGGGAGUGUGUGUUCGCGACCGGACUGUUAACGGCUCGAGAUGGGAAAAGGCUGUAAGGUUGUGGUGUGUGGACAAGCAGCCGUUGGGAAAACAGCCAUUUUGGAGCAGUUGCUGUAUGGAAAUCACAGUGUAGGCUCCGAGUCCAGUGAGACACAGGAAGACGUGUACGUGGCCUCGGUGGAAACCGACCGCGGUGUGAAGGAACAGCUGAGGCUCUACGACACCAAGGGCCUCAACAAUGGCCAAGACCUGCCCAAGCACUACUACUCUGUGGCAGACGGCUUUGUGCUCGUCUACAGCGUCGACAGCUUGGAGUCGUUCAAGAAAGUGGAUUUCCUGAAGAAGGAAAUUGACAAAUCCAGAGAUAAAAAAGAGGUGACAGUCGUGGUGUUGGGGAAUAAAACGGACCUGCGGGAGCAUCGGCAGGUCGACCAGGAGGUGGCGCAGCAGUGGGCCCGAGGAGAGAAGGUGAAGCUGUGGGAGGUGAGCGUCACGGAGCGCAACUCCCUGAUCGAGCCUUUCACGCAGCUGACGAGCCGCCUCACUCAGCCACAGAGCAAAUCCUCCUUCCCUCUGCCGGGACGCAAGAGCAAGGGCACGCCGUCCAACGACAUGUGAAGCUCCAACCGUCCCCGUAUGUUUACGCCGACGCUGUGUGUACUUUUGAUUUAUACACGUUCAUUUUUUUUUGUUUACAUGCACAUCAGAAUCAAGGCUGGAGUCAGAAUGAGUUUGUCCCAACAUAAAGAGGGCAGGAGAAAUACAUGUUGUAAAAACCUGUAAUGUACUCUAUGACGUGUUUAAAGCUGCAAUAUGCAACACUGUAGUUGUAUGAAGUACGGACACACUAGCGCUCCCUCUCGCUGAGAACAUGGCUGCCAAAAAGCCUCCUUUCCACACCAGGCGUUUCAGUUCAGCUCAGUUCAGAAAACUGGGGCGACAUUUGGCGAUGGAAACAAACCCAUACCGAGCUGAACUGGACCACUUGGUGGAAAUGGAGCCACAAACUUACCUAAAAAAAAACUCACUCUAAUAAUCUAUCUCGGUAUCUGAAGAACACAUUUGUUGCUUUAUCUCACAGUUAAACAGCCUUUUCCGACUGGAAACUGAACUUCUGUGUGGCUUUGAAAACCUCUCACUCUUCCCACACCAAACCCCAUAGAGAAAAUCAGCGAUUUUACAUCACAACACACAGCAGUUGUUGAUCCUCUGUUGCCUCUAUCAGUAAAUUCAACAGUUAUUUUGUGACUUCUGUCCUUCGUUCAGAUUAAUACAGGGACACAAACUGACCACAUGGGGCAGCAGUGGACCAGCAGCUCUCAUGCUACCAUGGGCUAAAAACACUCUCUCUAUGGAGUUUGGUGCAGAGGAGUGAGGACUUUCCAAACAUCUGUUUCAGACAACAGUGACAUAAAGCAUUGAAUGCAUUCUAAAGCAUCCAUGUCUCAAUCUGGUUGUAGCACAGGGGGCGUGUACAGUACUUGAACUAAUUACUUUAAAUAUGUCUACUUUCUGAAGUGAUUCAUUUUCAAAACAGUUUUUAAUUUUAGUUGAGUUUACAGGUUUUUUAUUUAUUUAUUUUCUUCGGGAAAACCAAACCUCGGUGUCAACAACAAACCAAAACCACAUCUGAAGCUUUUCUAUCACCCUUAAGUGAAAGCUCUUCCACUCCAGCGAGCAGUCAAAGCCUUUUUUUCCCUUUUAAGAAAAAAAAAAAAAAAAAAAGCACUUUAGUACCAAAGACUUGACAUGUUCCAAACACAGAUGUUUUGGUUUGACGCGUGUUGCACUACAAUGGUGAAAUCAAUGUUUUCCUUUUUUUUUACUUUCCUUUCUUUGUUCUGUGUUCAUAUGUGUGUGUGUGUUCUGAAAGAAGUUCACGAGCCAGUCUUACGUCUGUAGUCGUCCUCCAUCGUACUCGCACUCAUUUACAAUGUAUUUAUGCACUUUCAGUGACUCUAUGAAUGGAUCUAACUUUAACUGUGAUCAUGUGACCAACGAGAGAACAUCCAAUACUGA